ACAGAGCGCCGCCGCCGCAGUGUAUUGCGUCAGUGCCAGACUGCCAGUGCCAGAUCGAUGCUGCGCAGCUGACUCGCAUCGGCUAUCAGCUGAUUGCAUUGCUAGUCUUGUUGAUUUGUUUGUCUUAUCAAAUACAGACAUUUUCGGUUCUUUCAAAAUAAAGAGUAGCGAGUUGUGAUUACUGUUAGUGUAAGCGUUAGUUUUUACAUUUUCGUUGUUGACAGGGAAAUUUUGCGAGAGCUAACUGUGCAAUAUCGAUCACUGCAACAGCUACGCAUUAACCUUUAAACAUUUACAACUUCCUUCUUUGUUUGGCAACUCAUAUUUUGCUCUGCAACCAACAACGUCUUUCAGUGUAUUUUGUAACGAAUGUUACACUAAGCCAAAUUCUUCUUUUAAUAUGGCUUUUAUUAAGUUUUUCUGACCAUCUUUGUCGGAAUUCACGGAGUGUUGGCCUUAUUCUGAGUGAUCAACAGCUUUGACACAUACUCCACCAAAGGUGAGGCUGGAGCCUACACCAUGGUCAGCAUGAGCUCCACCCUCGUGGAGACGGUCUCCAUCAAUUACGAGGACUUCAACGAGAGCUUUCUCACUUGCGGCACCUGUCUCUGCAUGUACGAUGGAGGAGAGCACACUCCCAAGUUACUACCUUGUUCACACACAGUCUGUCUACACUGUCUAAGCCGUAUAGUAGCCGCCUCCCAGACUCGUGACACAGGAACGUUCCGCUGUCCCAUAUGUCGUGAGUGUAUCAACAUUCCUCGUGGCGGAGGAGUACCGGCACUGCCACCUUCGUUCCUCGUAAACCAGUUACUCGACUUGAUGGCCCGCCAACGCAGAGAAGUCGUCCCCAAGUGCUCUGUUCAUCUCAACCAGGAACUACUGUUCUGUGAAACGUGUGAUACAGUUUUCUGCUCUCUGUGUACUGACGGGAGCCACUCUACAGCCAACAGCUCCUGCGAACACACUGUGAUACCGUUCAGUAUAGCCAUCAAGCGCAUGUCAGAGAUCCUCCUGUACAAGGCUAACGAGUGCAUAUCCAAGCUAACACAGGCCGAGGAUGCGGUAAACGGUGAGAUGGCACGGCUGGAGCAAACUACACGACAGUGUCUGGCCGGUUUGGACGCGACGUUCCAGGAGAUCACUGCAGCCGUGGACCAGCGCCGCGCAGAGAUGUCAGAGGCUAUCACACAGGCACGUGACGCCAAGAAGAAAGUGCUUGACGAACAACUGGCGCUGAUUCAGUCAGAGAAGGAUAAGGUCCGAGAGGAAUGCAAUGGGCUGCAGCAGCAGGUGGAGGUGCGCUACAUCACACGGCGAAUCAGCAGCCUCGGAGAGAAGCUGGAUAGUGCAAGUGCACUGGCUGAGCCGCGCGAGAACGCCUUCCUCGCGUGUGACCUGGCGUCCGAUGCCCUCAAGCGGCUGGAGGCUGCGUUGGCAUCUCUGGGCCGCGUGAGGACCAGUACUACCUUCCCCAGUCUGUCCACACUUACGGUCAGAGAGCCCUGUGUAGUAAAUUUGGAGUCAACAGCAAUCCUGAGUACGGUGGACUACCACGGGAACGCUCGGACCAACGGUGGGGACCCUAUCACUGCCGAGGUGUCUCGAGCCGACAGUGCGGACGGUCCGAUGAUGGAGACCCACAUCGAGGACAAAGAGGAUGGGACGUACUGGAUACGGUUCAGACCAGUCACACAUGGCAGGUAUUCGCUGUCAGUGAGUGUGUUGGAUCGGCCUGUGAGGCAGUCACCUCUGCUUGUGACGGUCAGUGAGCACAACAACCCCGUGCGAUCGUACGGCAGCCGAGGUUCAGACAAAGAUCAGUUUCUGCAGCCUGUCGCAGUCGCUAUCGACAAUCAGGCUGGCCUGGUGUACGUCGUGGACACAGGCAACUCCAGGGUGAAAGUGUUGACGCCAGACUUGCAGCUCGUCGGUCACAUCGAGAGUACCGGACUGGCCGGUCGAUCCUGCACCGGAGUAGCAGUGAGCGAUGACGGCGGCUGGCUGGCAGUGGUGAACUGGCGCAGUAGGACGGUGACGCGGCUCGACAGGGAGGGCACAACACUCGCCGCGUUCACACACACCGCCUUCGUGGAGCCAAUAGACUUAGCCAUCGACACCAACUAUGGCCACAUCCUGGUAGCAGACAAUGGGCCAUCCUGUGUCUUCGUUUUCGACACUGAGGGGAAACUGCUGUUCCAGGUUGGCAAGAAAGGCAGCCAGAAAGGUUGUUUCAACUUGAUCUCGUGUGUUACCGUGGGUCCAGGAGGAGAGAUAGUGGUGGCAGACUCCAGGAUACAGGUGUUUUCUGCCAAGGGUGAUUUUUUGCAAGAAGUUUUCUCCGAAGGCAAAGGCAAAGGAAGGUACGGAGGAGUAGCUGUGGAUGCAGAGGGAAUGAUCGUCGCCUCUCGGUCAGAGAAAGGACGCAAUUUUGUCCAAGUAUUUCGAUUGAGUGACGGCAAAUUGCUGUCGACAAUCGACUCGUACGAAGCCAAGCUGAAGCGUCCCAGUGGUGUCGCGGCUACGAACGACAGACACUUGAUCGUAGUCGAUCUCGGUAAUGAUUGCAUAAAGAAGUACCGAUACUGGUGAAUCGUUUACCAUCAGGUUUGGUCCGAUUAAGGGUGCUCUAAUUUUAGUACAUAGAUUUACGUUUUUAAUUUUUUACGUUCAAAUAGGCUUAAUUGAUUUGUAUUCGUUUUUAGUUGUUUAAUUAAUUUAGCAACGAUACUUUCCUUCCUGUUAUGUUGUGCCAAUCUUGUUUUGCUUCUUUUAUUGACCAGUUGCUUUUUCAAAGUGACUUCAAAACGGAAAUGAUUAAUGGUAAAAAUGAAAAAUCAGUAUUGCCAUAGAUCAGUAGUGAGGAUAUCUUUGUAUAAAAAAUAACUAGUACAUUUAUAAAUGUUUAUUUUUUAAAUGAUAAAAUCAAUCAUUACACAAGCUACAAACAGUUUUUACAUUUCCAAGGUAUAUUUUGUUCUGCAUAGUGUUUAACAUGUAUACAACUACGUGUAUUCUGCCACCUGUGUCUGCAUAAGUGUUUUUAAGGUGAUGUAUUGUACUCCGAUGCACACACUGGUCUUUAAUACAGUGAUUGGGGUACUUUGAUCAACAAACUUUAAAAGUUCUUUUUAAAUCCAGAUAUAUUUCUUGUCAAACGAAAAUAAAAUUCUGAUUUGUGGGAAUAUUUUGGAUUCUUAAAAUUUUGUGAUAAACAUUUUUAGAGAAAAUUGUUUACUGGAGCUUCAUAAAAAAAUACAAUGAAAUAAAACUUUACUCUUGAAAAAUGUAUCAGCAAAUGAAUUCAUCAUCAGUCUUAAGUGUUUUAGAGAGAAAUCUUUAUUUUACAUUAUUAUUUUUAAAUGUUAUCACCAAAUAAAAAAGGCAUGAAUACAACCGUAGUGAACAUGUUAAAAAGUUCUCAAGAAUUAAAUUAAAUCUGUGUGAAAUUGUAGAAAUUAAAUACUGUGUCUAUAAAGUAAAUCUUUAAAGUAAACAAAACAAAAGUCUUUCUUUUACAUUGAGUUUGUCAGUUAUAAAUGUAUAUUUUCAAGUUGGUAAUUUUUUGAACAAUUUGUAUUUACUCAUUUGAAAUGGCAACUAAGCUCAAUAACCGUUUGAACUCAAAAUUAGUACAUAAAAACAUGUGUUGUUGUAUUGUCACAUUUAUUUCAUACUAAUUGCUUAAUAUCUGAAUUUUCAAGUAAUUAGUGUUUCUGUUAUUAUGAUAUUCAAAAAGAAAUGAUCAUUAUAAAAUAAUGGUUUUUAUUUUAAAAUAGCAAUUAGUUAUACUAAUUUAAAAUACUUUCUACUCUGUAAGAAUUAAUAAUACUAUUUUAUAAAUUGAAAGAUGUUUUAGUUUUCCUUCUGGUAACAAAGUUGCAAAUGACGUAUUGUUAUUCAGUUGUAAAAACCGUUACAUUUUACCCAGUUUACCCGAAGCACAAUCCCACUCAGGUCUUGUAACAAUAUUGGAACUUAAGUUCUCCUCUCGUGUACAUGUUUAUGAUUGUGAUAUACAGGAUCAGACAUUGUGUCGUAACAUUUAGAACCUCAACACGAACAAUUGAGCUUGUAGUCGUUAAGUAUUGUUAAUGUGAAGCCUAACAAUCUUUCAUCGCUAUCACCGACCAUAACUGUGUUGUGUUUCGUAGCAAACUCGAUGUUUUGUCAUCUCUGCGUAGUAUUUUACGAGUGACUGUAAAUACAUAGAUGACAAUAAUGAUUAGAUGUUUUUCUUCAAUUUUUCAAAAACUUAGCCGGAGUCGUCAAGUAGAAGCUUUUCCACGUGUAGCAAUCUCUAGUGUAAUUGACGAGACUGUCGAGUCCUUAGCCCACAUCAAUACUUGUUGUUAUUUUCAUAUAAGAACUUGAUGUAUUAUCGAAAUGGCCUUAAUUUUGUAUGAAUAAUGUAUUAUGUGCUUCACUGUGUGAAACUUUAGUUGUUCCAAUACUGAUCUACUAGAUUCACUGGGCGUUGAAGUGUUUCUAAGCCGUGUUGUGCUUUCGAGCUGUUAAUUUGGUACAGAUCUUUGUUUGAUUCAAAUUAGGUGUUGUGUAAGAACAAGUGCCGUUUAUUUUGUAUUAAAUUUUGUGUCAAAUACCCUUUAAGGAAGCUAUUAAAAUACUGGUAAUUUUGAACAAACCUGUUAGAUACAGCUCAGACGAGUGGUUCAGACUGUCACUCUUUUCAUUGUAGCAGCAGUGGUAAAUUUAAAUAAACAGCAUCUGUAGGUUUCAUAUAGUACACAGUUAUCUACAAAUAGUUGAUCAGUGAUAUACAAAGAAAUAGUGUGAUGCACACGUUCUCACCAAGUGCACAUACAUAACAUCUUGAUCUGUAAUUGAGCGACCUAGAGUCGAUCUUAGAAGCACUUAUCAGUAUGUAUUGCUAUCUCAAGUUGAUAAUAUUAAAAUGUGUAUUCUAAUUAUAUUGAAAAUAACUAGUUAGUUUUGUGCCAUUGACUUGGAGCCAUAGGAUUAGGUAUAUCUUGUCACAUCCAUACAUAUCAUCAAGCAUAAUAUUUAACUUAAGUAACAUUUUUAGUUGUUUUAUAUUGUAAUUUUCUCAAAUGAAACUUCAAUAAUGUGUUUGGGUCGGUGUUUUCCGUUUUGUCACAUUGAUGCAUCAUGGGAUUCCAUCCAUUUAACUGCACGAUUUUCGAUUUUGACAAAUGUAAUUUUAUGAUUUGAUUCAAACAAACAAAUUUUGAUUAAAAAUUGCAAAAACAGAAGAAUAUUAUUCAUUAAGAAACUGAUUUAUGAGCCAUUUGUAAGUCAUGUGUAGCAUUUCAGGAAAAAAAAGGCAAUCACAAAUCUUAAGUAUUUUUUGUAUGGUUAAGGAUAUUGUAAGUCUAUUUCGUUAUUAAAUUUCUGACAGGUAAGAAGAGUAAAAUGUGUUUGAACUAUUAAAUUUCUAAAUGAACAAAACUAACUGCAACAGGACUGUAGAAAAACAUAAUUCCCCGGAGUAAAUAGUGCAUUAUAAUUAUACAAUUCCGAUCCAUGGAAAAUGUCGGUUAAUGUAGACUAGAAACCGACGGUUUAACAUUUACGGUGGUACAAAAUCAGUCUGGAACAAUGCAAAUUUUCAUGUUUCCAGAAUCAUUUGUAAAUCAAUACUCGGCAUUGGGAGAAGAGAAGUCUUUUAUAUUGUUGUGAUUGCUGUUUAUAUCAGUCAGUCCAGACGUUUAUAAAUUUCCUAUUUCCAGCUAUUAAAAUUAGCAGAAGAGUUUCCCAAAUAUUACAUCAAUAACCUUUUAUAUUAGGUUCUGUCAACUUCUCUGUGUAACAGCUCUUAUUUGAGACACAAUAAUAUUGUGUAUUUUACAUAUUAUUUAAAAUUGUUUACAAGAGUUAAAACAGAUAUUUUAGAUAUAAAAGAGUGUUUUUUCAUUAUUGCCUUUCAAGUCAUCCACUUUUCACUUGAAAAAGUCAUUUCUCUUGUAACUUCUCUAUUAUACUGUAAUAUUUCUUGCAGAAGAGUUGGACUUCCAGAUAGUUUGGAUUAGAGCUAGAGAGACAUGUACACACAAUUUACAAAAAGCUAUUUAGUUUUAAAUGACCUCUUAACUAGUGGCCCUUCAAAGUUUAAAUGCAGUAAUAGUGAAAUAUAAACGUGGAAACAAACUUACGCAGCUUUGGCUACAUUGUGCACAGUACAACUCAGAUUUAGUUAUGUUAGAAAUGGUGGUGAAGCCAAGGAACCCCCCCCCCUCAUUUGAGAUAUUAUAAUUAAAGGAGUGACAAAAUAUAAUUAAACAGGAAAAAUGUAUUAGAAAAAACUAUGGUAAUUAUAUAUUACAAACCUGCAAGUCUAUUAUUGAAAAAAAUCAUUAAAAAUUGUAUAUUUUUACUGGGGUGUUUUAUGGUAUAAACUGCCAGUUAAAACCCACCCCAUGUUUUAAAAUUGUGCUUAUGAAAUGAAAUUAUAAAGGCAAGAUGAAGGAAAACAUUAAAAUAAUGAUUAGUAAAAGAAUUGUAUGAAAGAUUGGCUAUCCUGGAUGUAAGUGAGCACGAGUGACCUCAAAUUUCGGUUGAGUUGAAAGUAGAUUUAAUAUGCAGCCGCUAUCCUAAAAUUUCAAAUUUGAAGACAAAUAUGUAAUUUUUAAGUUUAAUUCAAUUGAAUUUUGUGAACAAAAUGACCAAACACCAGGUUUUAAUAGGAGAGUUAGAACAGGAUAGGAAAGGCAGGUUUAUUUCUACUCAAUUGGAAGUGUCCAGUGUUCCCAAGUUGCACAGAAGAAGAUGUUGUCUUAUUCAGUGUUUAAAUACUCUACUAAUAUCAACUAUAUAUUACACCUUAAAAUGGGGUAUCGAACUACAAGUUUCCUCUUUUGUUGAUCCCACUUCAUGUCUAAUCCCAAACUGGGUUCCAUAUCUGAAAUAAUGUAGAAAUGUCAAAUGAAGUAUCAGCCCUAUCUAGGAUUAUUAACAUUGGUCAGGGCUAUAGAAUAAAAUAGAUAUGAAUUUCAAACUAGUUAAGAAAUGCAUAAAUAAAAUGAUAACAAAUUAAAGUUAAGGUUGGUUUUUGGAUCUGGAGGUGUCAAGUGACAAAAAUAUGAGAAAUACUGAUAUAAUAGUGGGGUGUUUCUGUGAUACUCAACUGAAAGUGCUGUUGAUUUGCAAAUAGCUCAGAAAAAAACCCAAUGGUGGCAUUUGCCAAUAGCUCAAACUUGAAUUUAUUCUCAUGAGACUGUUAGUUUAUAAGUACAAACCAUACGCUCUCUGGCCAUUGUAAAGUGAACAUAUGUAUAAAAUUUUAAAUUACUAACUCUUUUUAAUUGUAAUUUAGAUCAGAAUAAUGAAUUGAAGUUAGUUUUAUUUUAUGUUUUGUUUAUUAUAUUAAAAACAAUAACAAAUUAAUAAAAAUCAUAGUGAACAAUAAUAGGUAAAUAUUUUAGACAAUGAUUAAAUAUUAGUUUAUUAUAGUAAUAUGUAUACAGUAUAAUUUUAAUAUUAGAUUUAUUUUCAUUUUCAUGACACAACUAAAGACAUAUUUUGUAAAAGGUUUUUACUACAUUGUAAAUCUUACAAUGUAGUAAAUAUAGUAAUACGUAUUGUAUGGUUUAAAUACGCUCAUUAACUUAAAAAUUUACAUUCAUCAUGAUAUUUCGUGAUUCUUCAUGUUUUUAAAUCGAUAAACUGUAUUGUGUAAAAAAUGUACCUACUAAAAUGAAACGUAAUGUUUAAAUUAGUCAGUACAGAAAAAUCCUUGAUUGUUAUUGAAUUAAUUAUUCACAUACAAAAAUAUUGUUAUUUUAAGAAUGGUCUUUAAAUUAGAAGUUUUUGUUCGGUUAUAUAAACUCACCUGUUUUAGCAAUAAAUUGUAAGCUGUAAUACUGUGUUCAAUAUUAGAAUUAAUUCUAAUAUUUUGAAGUAAUAAGUACGAAUUAUUCUGACAAAUAAAAAUAACUGUGUACACAUCAAUAUUAGAUUUGUUUGUAAGAAGUUAAUUUAUUAAGUGCAAAUGUUAUCCAUACUGCUGUUACAGUCCAUGAAAGCGUUUAUAAAAAAUAUUGCAGUCACAAAGUGAACACAUUUAAAAUAGUUGUGUUUAGUUAUAAUUUGAAAAUGAUUGAACUACAAGACUUUAUAAGUACUUAAGUCAGCUGGUUUUUUUUAUGACAAGAUAUUCUGUUUUUCACAUUUUAUUAAAUGUUUAUCUCAAAAUUGCAUAAACGUUUUUACAUCACAUCACACACAAGAACAAUGACCUGUAAAUUUAUCAGUAUUGAGAUAUUUCCCUUUUUAUACAUAUAAUGUUAAUUUUUAUUCUAUAAAUUGUUGUUAUUGACUUGAAACAUUUUUCAUUGUCAGUUCAGUUGUGUUUGGAUCUUGUAUUAAUAUCACUGUGCUCCUCUAGUCAUUACUCACUAUUGUAUCAUUUGUAUCGUUCUCUAGCUACAACAGUUUCAACUGCCGCAUUGUGUUGUCAUACCGUACUUCAUGUAUAUCACAAUAAACUGCAACAUUUAUCUACAACAUUCA